UAUACACAAUAUUCUUGUUGAUUUAAUAACGACAUGAAUAAUUCUAGACUUUAAUAAGUUUCGUAAACAAUGAUAAAUCAACAGUUUUUGUUGAGCCGGCAAAGAAGGAUACUAGAUACCUCUGUUUUGACAGUUUGACAUAAUUUUGCAAAGGUCGUUUCAUCAUACUGCGUAUUUAUUUUUAGAGAUUAUCAAUCAGAAAUUACAAUUUGAUGAUGUAUAUCUAAUCUAGAAAUUUACAAUUAUGAUAUCAUUUCCUUUAUCUAAACCGAUGAAAAAAAAAUCGCAAAGUGCAUUUCAAGAACAUUUUGUUUAGUUAGUUUAAUUUGUUCAGUUAAAGUAUUUGAAGUGGGUUAAACAAUCACAGAUUGUUUUAUCUAUGAAAAAUGGAAUCGACAAAUUUUGCUGAAACAAGUCACAAAGCAUCAGGACCUCAAUCAAAUAAAUCUUUUAAUGAAAAUGAUGAUGAAUCUUUUGUGAUACUUGGCUCAUCUCCUUCAGAAUCUAUGAAUCAUGUCUCUGCUCAAAAUUCCUUAUGUAGAUCUGUUAAUGAUACUUUAAUCGCUAGCCACAGAUCUAUUUUGGAAAAAAUUGGACAACAAAAUCAAUCGUUGUUGUAUUCGAACAUUUCUUAUCCCUCACCUGCUUCAGUUUCACAGUCUUUAAUAGAUUCUAUUAAUAUCAAAAAUAUGACACAAGAUGAAAUACAAAGGCAAUUUAAUGUAUUAAUACAAGAAAACUGCCAGAUGAAAGAAAAUUUAAUGCAAAAUAAUAAUGAUUUGAGAAGGGAAUUCAAUAAAAUUAUGAAAUACCAAGAAGAAGUUCGUAAAAUACAUGAUGGUCACAGAGAAAAAUUUGAAGAAACAAGAAAAUUAGUGAUUAAACUCAAAACAGAAAAUGCAAUGCUUAAAGAAAAUUUGAAAACAAAUGCAGUUAAUGAUGAAUUGAUAAAUGAGAAAAGUGAAAUGCAAAAAAGAAUAGACGACCUAACUUCUACAUUAAAUAAUUUGCAAACACAAAAUACAAGCCUGAUGGGGCAAUUAUCAGAGUCUACAUUGCUUACCAGUGAAUUAGAAAAACAAAUUGAAAAAUUGAACUUGAAAAAUGUACAAUCAGAGGAAACAAUUAAUUUAAUUACAAAUGAAAAACAAAACUUGGAACGGGAACUGGAACGAAGUUCUUUAGAAAUGAACAUCUCAAAUGAAAGAAAUGCAGAGAUGAAAGCUACAAUUGACAAUCUGAAGGCUCAAGUUACUAAUUUGAUGGCAAAUCAACACAAAUCGGACACAGUUAUAAUUGACUUAAAUUCAGAAAUAAAGUUGUAUAAAGAACAGUUGCAAAAGGCACAUAUGAAACUUACUGCUGAUAAGUCGGAUUAUGAAUUGGUAUCAAAUUCUGAUGUUGGACUUUCUAAUUCGAACAUUUCCAUAUUUAAUGCACCAUCUGCUUCAGUAGAAACAAUUUCCAGAUUAAGGGAAGAAAUUCAAAAUCUACAAAUGCAAUUGAAAGAAUGUUCUCUUAAUCAAGUAAAAUUAACCAUGGACCCAUUGUCAUUGUCAAUGAAUCACAACUUUUCAUAUAGCGAGAGUGGUUCUUAUGAUCUUGAGAAAAAAGUUCAAUUUUAUGAAAAACAUUUGCAAGAUAUAAUAAAUUGGUAUAAUGCACAUUGCAAAAGAAUGAAUAUGCUACAGUACAUACUGAAAGAUGUUCAGCCUGAAAAUAUUACAUCUGUACAACAAGUUGAGACGAAACUGAAGGAAUUACAACAGUUUUCCAACGAAUUAUGUGAAAGUCUUUCAAAAGAAUGGAUUCUCCUAAAAACUGCUCAAUCAAAUUUCCAAACAAUAUAUAAUGAAUAUAAUAAUUUAUUAAAAGAAAUGGAGUCUAUUAAUACUGCAAAUAAACUUAAUGAAGAUGUUCAUCAAAAAGAAAUUGAGAAAAUGAAUGCUGACAUGUUGAAAAAAGACGAACUUCUUCAAUUGAAAAGUGAUGAAAUACUUAAAAAGCAAGAAGAAAUAGAUAACUUAAAGAAGGAUCAACCUGAAAUUGAUGUUUUAAAACAACAGUUGGAUAUUUACAAAGAAGACUUUGAAACUGAAAGAAAAGCUAGAGCAACAUUGGCUGGAGAAAAAGACAAUGCUGUUUCUGACUUACGUAAGCUUCAGCAACGUAAUGAAGAACUUCUACAGCGCUUGAAAAAUAUAGCAGAGCAAAAUAAAUCAACUGCUGCACCUACUGCACCUCCAAAUGACAAUUCUUCUUCCUCCACACAGUUUCAGAUGGUUUAUCCAUGCCCUAUAUGCCAGUUUGCGUUUUACACAAUUCAGGCACUUGAGAAUCAUGUUGAACGUUGUCUCAAUGCUCAAGUGUGAAUGUAAUCUUAAAUCAGCUAACAUCAAAAUUAUCAUUUAGUAUUAGAGGUAAUUAAGAAAUAUUAUAUAUUUUUAUCUUUGUUUUUAUAUGAAUUUGUCAAAUGCUGCACUGUUUUAUCUAAUUCUUUAUAUUCUUGACUUUUAUUCUUUCGUAUAAAUUAUUUGAUGGCUGGAAAUAAUUAUGAGAGUAAUAUUGCUUUUUUUUGAAAGUUGGAAAAGACUUUUUUGAUAAUUUGGUAUGACAGACUUAAUGAGAGUGUUUGUGUACUUUUAAAAUCAAUAAUACAUAUAUUUAAUUAAUCUACAAUA